UAAUGUCUAAACCUGAUGGACCUCAGAUAAAGGCACCGAAACCCUCCAUUCCUGAAGGCUACCGAUCUGGUCCAACAGGUCAUGUAUCUCAAGGUGUGAAUAGAUACAAGUUAAAUCUGGAAGACAGGACUGAUUCAAGGACACAUAAGUUCUCACCAGGAACAUACCAGGGCCAGAAACAGAGGAAAGUUGGGCGUGUUCAAGUUUGGAUUCAGCGCAAUCCUCUAAAAUUCCAGGUCAUUACCAUUGGUGUUGGACUUGGAAUAUUUUUUAGCAGAUUCCUUUAUGAUGCAUUGAUAAAGGAAGGCAAACAAGGACCUCGAGCAAAGGUAGAAAGAGGUUAUAGCUUUUAAAGUCAUUAGAGCUUGACACAA